UCGUCGUUGUGUGUUUGUUACUCUUUACGACCGUUCUUUCCGUUCGACGCCAUUUUGAUGAAACAGCGACGAGAGGGGACAUGUUGUCGCAUCAACCCCGUGAUUUUUGUGCGGAGUCAUAAUUGUAUUUCUUCUUUUUAUAUCUUUUUGUUUCCGCGCCCGGGAGGCGAAGGAGCACAAUCCGAUGGACCAGAAGAGGAAAAAGACACCGUUUCGGGGGUAGCGGAGCCUUAUCGUUAGCCAUAGCUUGCUAGCUCGGGCCACUCGUUUUCCGGCUUUGUCUGCGUUUGUUCAUAAAUUGUUGUUGUCUCAGCGAAGGGCUUUGUUAGCCACUUAAAUCCCUUUCGUGGACUCGUUUUGUGGACUGUAUUCUGAAGAACUGAAGGUGGGGAGGCUUCCCCCCUCGACCCAAAUCAAACACUGCCUGGACUGCGGUUAGCAACAUUAGCUGCUAACCCAAGCGGCCUUCCCUUGCGUUCCUCCUCUGCCUCCAUAUGACUGCCGGUGGCGGACACGGGCGUUAGAACACCGUUUUGCCGGUAGAAGCGAGCACGGACUACCUUGGGGGCCCCCUUGGUUGGAUUUUCGGGGCGUUGUUUGUGUGUGUCACUUUGGUUUUGGACUCGAGAGGACUUGACAAAAAGGCACAUGGCGCCGUCGAUUGGCGCGCCGGCCUCUCAUCUCUUGCGUUGGGAUUAAACGAGGACUCUGCGUCAUUGAUCCGCCCUCCAUUUUCCCCCUUUUUCUUUUUUUUGUCCAGUGUCUCUCAAGACCAAUUUAACGUAUUAAAAAAAGUUACCAGGUUUGGCUUCCUGUGAUUUGAGUGUUGAACGCGGUUAACCCCCUCAUCCCCCGUUUGUUUGGUUAUCCAACGCCUGUCUCUACUCCACCCCCCACCCCGUCCCUAAACCUCUUUCUCCCCCCACCCCCCAACCCUUGUUGUUAUAAAAGAAAAGUGUGGCAAAAAUGUCGUGUGUUCACUACAAGUUCUCUUCCAAACUGGACUACAACACGGUCACGUUCGAUGGUCUCCACAUCACCCUCAGUGAGCUCAAGCGGCAGAUCAUGUCCAGGGAGCGCCUCAAGGCCACAGACUGUGACCUGCAGAUCACCAACGCACAGACGCGAGAAGAAUACACGGAUGAUGAAGCCCACAUCCCCAAGCAUUCGUCCGUGAUCGUCCGCAGAACGCCGAUUGGAGGUGUCAAACCUGCUGGCAGGACGUUCAUUGUAGAUCGUUCUGACACGUCUGUGGCGGGAUCGUCGAGACCCACCGACUCCUCACCGUCUAUGUCUCUCGCCCAGCUCACCAAGACCGCUAACCUGGUUGACGCAAAUGCAUCCGAGGAGGACAAGAUUAAAGCCAUGAUGACUCAGUCCAACCAUGAAUACGACCCUAUUCAUUACUCCAAGAAGGCAGUCGGACCACCACCGGCUCACUACCUUUGUUUCCGUUGCGGAAAAACCGGUCACUAUAUUCGGCAGUGCCCCAUGCUCCUGGUUCAGGAUAAGAGCAUGGAGGGUCCGAAGCAGGUUAGAACCAGUAAGGGGAUUCCUCAAAGUUUCAUGGUGAAAGCUGAACCCGGCACCAAAGGAGCCAUGUUGACCAGCACCGGCGAAUACGCCAUACCGGCCAUCGACGCGGAGGCGUACGCACAGGGCAAGAAGGAGCGUCCGCCGUUCGUUCCGCACGAGCAGUCGUCCUCCGAGGACGAUUCCGAUCCCAUCCCCGACGAGCUGCUGUGUCCCAUCUGCAACGAUCUGAUGACGGACGCCGUGGUCAUUCCGUGCUGCGGGAACAGCUACUGUGACGAAUGUAUCCGGACGACCUUGUUGGACUCCGAGGAGCACGUUUGCUUCACGUGCAAACAGUCGGACGUGUCGCCUGACAACCUCAUCGCCAACAAGUUCCUUCGACAGGCCGUGAACAACUUCAAGAAUGAAACGGGCUACACCAAACGCGGGCGCAAACAAAUCCAGCCUUCGGCCCCCCCUCCUCCGCGGCCUCAGCUGCUGAACAGGCCUCUCCUAUCCAGGCAGCAGGACCCUCUGAUAGCCAACAUCUCCCAGCCAGCGCCUCCGUCUGCUCCUCACGCUCCCGCAACCGCCAGCGUGGCAGCCCCUCAGGCUCAGACCCCGCCCGCGGCACCUCCCGCCCCCAACACCCCCACCCCUACGCCUUCGCCGCCUCCUCAAGCUGACGUCACCGAGGAAAGAAAGAAAGAAGCCUCGCCGGUUCCGCCGCCCGUCGUGGACCACGGUUCCCCUCGGGUCUCCGGCGGUCAGGACGAGCCGCCCCCGCCGGGGGAGACUGAGCCGCUGCCGCCCAUUGUGAAGCCAAGCCUGCCCAAAAACCCAGAGAGCAGAUCACAGGCCUACAAUUUGCCCCUCCUUGGCACGGCUCCACCCUCGAGGCUGCCUUCUCACCUUUCAGGCCCACAUUCCCGGCCCCAGCAACCUCCCAGGGACAGGGGGGGAAGACACUGGGAAAGGUCUUACAGAAGCAGAGGUGAGCCACCCUCCACCCACCUGCAGACGGCCCAACUCCCUCUUCCCACCCCGCCCCUCUACGUGUCGCCCUCCCUGUACCCGCCGCCGCCGCAGCCGUACGCCCCCCUGUACGCCGCGGGGCCCGGCCUCCUCCCGCCGCCGACGAUGGCUUACCAGCCUCAGCCCAUGUACGCCCCCGGCCCGGCGGGCGUCAACCCUCCCUGGGGGGCUCCCAGUGGCCAGCCCCCGCUCCUCCCCUUGGCCUCCCCCCUCAAUCAGCCUCCGCUCUCCAAAGAAGAUUUUUACAGGCAGCGGCACCACCGACAAGACAACAUUACGUCCAAGCUUGACGAGUUCACAAAAGACUUCCACAAGGAGCUGAUGAAGUACCGAAAUGCACCAAAGAGGCAGAGACCGUCGUAUUCGAGGUCCCGAUCAUACAGCCGUUCCCCGUUCAGCCGCUCGUACACUCGCUCUCGCUCCAGGUCCAGGUCCAGGUCACGGUCUUACUCGUACACCCCGAGCCGUUCCCGCUCACGUUCCCGCUCCCACGGGCGCCCGUACCCCCGCUCGCCUUACUCCCGACGCAACGGACGCAGCUACGGACGCUCCCGCUCGAGAUCCCGUUCCCGCUCGAGAUCGUAUAGCUACCGGCGCUCCGCUUCGCCGCCCUCCUUCCGCAACGCCGCCUGGGAGGGGACGGAAGGCGCGCCGCCGUUCCGUUCCAGGUCUCACUCCCGCUCUCCGGGCGGUUUCCGCAACCGCAGCCCCGGCGCGCGAAAACCGCCGCCGCGGGAAUUGCCGCCUUAUGACCUGAAGGGUCUCAGCCCCGGCGGUCACGACCAGUGGGAGCGAGAUAGCUACCGGCAAUGGGAGCGGGAGUACAGGGAAUGGUACAACAAAUACUACAAAGACUACGAGAACCAACACCAGGCCAUGUAUCAGAGGGGCCGCAGUAGCAGGGAGAGGGAAAGAGAAAGGGACAGGGACCGGGACCGAGAGCGAGCGCGGGACCGAGAGCGAAUGUCCCCGCUCCACCGGGAGUACUCCCCCCAAGGCAGAGGAAGAAGAGGUCGAGAUGACAAAGCGCCACCGAUUCCGAAUCCUCCGUCGUCCUCGUCGUCGUCGACAAAGGCGAACGCCAAGCUCCUGAAGACCAAGAAAGUGAAAAAGAGGAAAGCCGGAGAGGACGGCGAGCAAUCGCAGCAUCCCGUCGACCGGGGCGACGCCACGCCCGUCAGAGACGAACCCAUGGAUGACAUCCUGUCGCCCAACAAGACGCCGCCCGUCUCCUCCUCCAAGUCGGCCUCGUCCGCCGGCAGCUCCAAGGCUCCCGCCUCCAAAAGUGCCGCCGCGCCCUCGAGAACCUCGCUCAAGUCCGCGCCCGCGACCGACAAGAACAAGAAGGAGAAGAGUCAGAAAAUCAAACCCAAAGCCAAGACGGAUGCUUCCAAAGUCAAAAGCGACAAAGUUAAGAAGAAGACGAGUGAACCCGCCGUGACCAAAAAGAAGGAGCCCUCAUCCGCAGCACCCGCGGCAACGACGGCGGCCGGCGCCGCUGCGAAGACAUCAAAGACCAGCAAAACCAAGCCCGAAGACACCCACAACUCAAGUGCGCCUAAAAAGGAAAAGUCUAAAGUUGGCUCUGUAAGACCGCCCCUCCUAAAGACCCCCCCGCUGUUCUCCCAGAGCCUCCCCCUGCCGCAUCCAUCCCUCCACGAGAACCUUCGGCCCGGUAACGACAACCGGGGCCGAAGAGAGCCCCUGCACGGCGGCGGCCUCAUCCCCCUGCCCCACCAAGUGCUCCCCUACCUCCACCGCCCUCCCCCGCGGUUGGGUGAGGAGGGCCGCUCCUUACUCGGGUCUCCGCCCGGAAAACUUCGCAGGUUGGACGGACCUGGGAUUGGCGUCGAGGUCUUCUCGCAUCUGCACGAACCUCAUCAGCCGCCGCUCCAGAGGUUCUCCCACCCUUCCGACAGACUCGGUCUUCUUCCCGUGCUGGUGGGACGCGAAAUCGUCUGGGCGGACAAAGACCGAGGUGCCAUCAGGCCUCUCAUGGACUUACCGGUGAAGCCGGUGACCCAGAGAAGCAUCCCCCUGAACAGAGACCUCGGAAAAAAAGACAAUCCCAUCUCGGAUCGGUCAUCUUCGGGCGCCGAGAAGACGACCGCCGACCGAUCGGCUGCCGCCGCCAACCCGGAGGCGGACAAACCUGCCGGCAAUUCCGAAGGAAUUGACGUAAAGGAGCGCUCGUCUUCCGAUGGGGCGUCCAACAAAGAAAAGCCCGCGGAGAAGUCGUUUGCGUCGGAGAAAGACUCGGGAGUGGACAGAGAGCGGGAAAGUAACUGGAGAACGGACAGGGAGAGGGAGAGGGGGUCCGAACGGGGGCGGGAAAAAACCUCGCGCUCGGACAGAGAGCGGGAAAAGGCUACGGCGUCGGACAGAGAUCAGGAAAAAUCUUCGGGGUCCGACAGAGAUCGGGAAAAAGCUUCGGGGUCGGACAGAGAUCGGGAACGGGGUUCAGACAGAGACCGAGAUCGGGAAAAGGCUUCGGAUCGAGACCGAGACAAAACCUCUGAGCGAGAUCGGGGGAAAGCUUCCGACAGAGACCGAGAAAAGACUUCGGACCGCGAACGCGCCAAAGCGUCCAGUUCAGACCGAGAUCGCGCCAAGGUUUCCGACAGAGAGCGAGAGAAAGCCUCCGGUUCCGAUCGGGAUCGAGAGAAGUCUUCGGGAGCCGAGCGGGAGAGGACUUCUGAGAAAGAGCGCGACAGGACGUCCGGAUCGAGCUCCAAGAGGCCCUCGGCGGCGAAAGACGCCGACGCCGGUGAAAAGCCGCAGAAGGCGGAGCGCAAAAGCUCCGCGAGCGCCGCCGGCAGAUCCGUCUGCUUGGACAAAAUGACCAUCGCGGAGAAAUCGGCCGUCGGCAAGAAGCCGGGACACAACCAAGAGAAGCCGACGAGCGCCGCCGACAAAGCGGCAAAAUCUGAUCGUAGCGUUUCCAAGGAGAGAACCCCGAAGACUGCGUCCACUGUGAAAAAAAACGACGCCCCCCCCAAAGACGCGAAAGAAGGCGAGACCAAAACGGUGAGAACCAAGCCCAAGAUUAGCCGCAAGGUCUUGUCGUGUCAACCUGCCGCCGCCGCCACCGCCAGUCGCGCCACUCAAGAGCCCAAGCCGCCCUCUCGGGAGAAGGAAGAAGAAGAGAAGAAGAGGGACGCGUCGUCGGCCACUUCGGAUCAGGCGCCGCCGCCGCCCGUCCCCCCGAACGCUGGGGAGCAGCUCCUCAUUCAGGCGCCUCCUCGCUCCAAGUGGGAGCGAGAGGACGACGAAGAGGAGGAGGAGGAGGAGGCGCAACAGGUGGCGGCGGCGGCGGUCCCGGCUCCGCAAGAGCUUCCCAAAGCGCCGUCGUCGCCCGCGCCGCAGAAGAGCGAGGCCGCCCGAGGCGAUAAGAAGGUCGCCGUCAAGGAGGACAAGAAAAGGCCGUCCAAGGACGAGAGCAAAGGCGGCAAACCCGCCGCCAAAGUCAAGAUCGUCCGAGAGGAGAGGAAGGCGCCUCGAGGGGAACGGCCGCCGAAAGCCGAGGGAAGGGAAACGAAGGAAGAGGACAAGAACGACGCUAGCGGCGGCGCCGAGCCCAGGCGGCAGCGCCUGUGUUCGGACCUGGCCCGCGAGACGGACGAGGCCGCCUUCGUGCCGGACUACAGCGAGGGCGACGACGCCUCCGACAGCAGCCGCUCGGGCAGCCAGCCUUCCAACAGCAACCGUAGCGAUUCGCCCUCCGCCGCCUCGGGCGGCGGCGGCGCUGGCGGCGACAAGAAGAAGAAGAAGAAACACAAGAAACACAAGAAGCACAAAAAGCACAAGAAGCACAAAGUGGCGGACAAGGAGGGCGGCGAGCACAAGCAUAAACACAAGAAGAAGAAACACAAGAAGAGCAAAGAGAAGGACUCGGAGGAAACCAACGCCGACGACCAAGAGCCGCCAGGCAUCGCCGGAACGGACGCCCCCAAGCCUUGAUGCUGCUUGGAAUUUAAAAGACGGAGAGAGAGAGAAAAAAAAAAGACAUCAAACAAGUUCAACGCUGCGAUUGAAGUAGCGGAAACCCGGAACCUCCGUACUUUGACGCUUCAAAAUCAAAAGUACAAAGAGGAAGCUGAAGCGCCCACGAGGCGUAAACUGGAACACAUCCCUCGGAAACUUUUCGACUCGAUGAUUUACCAAUGACGACGACGGGCGUGUCAAAAGUUGAGGAGGAGCCAAAAGCCGCCGCGCCUCCGACCUUGACGCCACUUUGCAAAUCCAUUCACUCAGGGAUGCUUGGAAGCUUCGCGUCUCGCCGCCGCCCGUCGUUUCACACCGUGUAGAAAACCAGCAAGUUUCGCUUCCUUCCCUCCCCUCCGUGCGGAACUUUGUCACUUCCCCCCCGUGAAGGAUCUCGCGCUUGUAAAAUAUUUGCCGCCGCACUUUGAUGGAUUCUCCCACGUUUUAGGACGCUUUUUCCUCGCUUCGCCCGGGAUCUGAAUCGACGGCGCGCACUUGUAAAUAUUCUUUGGGAACACUUGGACGACAAAGCCGGCGUUUCGGGGCGGUAUUCCGUAUUGUGGCGUCGUCAUUCGGGGGGCACGUUUUGUUUGCGUUGUGGCCAUUUGGCUUGAAUGGGAAAACAAAUCUUUGGUCCACUUUUUGUGUGUGUGUGUGUGUGUGUGUGUGUGUGUGUGCAAUCACGCUACACUGGAUGCAAAAAAAGGAAAAAAAAAUCCACACACCCGCGGUGUGUUUAGUGGAGUCCGAGUGUAUUUCGUUGGUAGUUUUUCCUCGGUCGGAUGAUGAGAUGGACAGAAAGUGAAGAUUAUCAUGGAUGAUUUGUUCCCCUUUGUUUAUUUUUUUAAUUAAAAACAUUGGACCCUGAAAA